GUUCCCUCUCUCUUUGGACAACCUCAAAGAAAUCACAUGCACCCCUCGCAACAUUCCAUAAUGUCAUGCCCCACAAAUCUUUCAAUCCCUCAAUCUCCGCAUAUCAUCACGCCCACAAAAAAGCAAAAGCAAAAACCCCAUAUCUCUCUCACUAAUCUAUCUAUGCAUAUAAACUCAUGCAUCCCAACAAAUCUGUGAAACAAAUCACCAUUGUUUUCUCUUUUCUCCGGCCACUUAGCUUCAACUCUGUUCUCCGCCAUGGCUAAUCUCGCCGGAGCUUUUGCUUUUCUAGUCUUGGCGGUCACUUCUUGUUUGUUCCAAACGGAAGCUACUAGACCCGGCCAAUUCAUCACCAUUACUUCAUCUCCGGCGCCGGCGCCUACCACCAGCGAAAUAAGCUUCCCGCCGGCAUCGUUGUCAACACCGGCUUCAGCCCCCGGACCCGCCAUUGGCGACAUUAGUUUCCCUUCCCCACCCGUGUCGGCUCCGGUUUCAGCGCCGGAAAUUGCUUUUCCAGUGGACUCAGCACCCGCGCCUGGGCCGGCCAUCGCCGACGACGUCUCGCCGUCGCCCAUGGAAAGCGACACCGGGUACGGGCUUUAUGGAUUCCAGACGAAGGAGAAUCCGUCCACCGAGACAUUCCGCGAGUCCAGGACGACGGAGAAUUCUUUCAACUACAAUUUCAACAACAACGGCGGCUACUCUCAGAGGCAUUUUGACAAACACAACGGCUACACCGUCCCCGAGAGACAGGGAAUCAGCGACACCAAGUUCACGGAGACCGACAAGUACUACAAUGACGUCAACGACAAUAACCUCGACAACUACAACAACAACAAUGGCGGCUACUCUCAAGGAGUGAGUGACACCAAGUACUACAAUGACGUCAACAACAACAAUGGCUACUCAGAGAAGUACAACUAUAACAAGGGCAGCAAUAAUGGCGGCUACAACAUGCCGGAGAGACAAGGACUGAGUGAUACGAGGUUCAUGGAUAACGGCAAGUACUACUACGAUGUUAACAAUAACGAGAAUAACCGUGAAAAUGGGUAUGAGCCGAUGAAGGAGAAUGAAGGGUACAAUGGCAACUUCCAGUACGAGUUCGAUUCCAUGGAGGAAUAUGAUAAACAUCAUGGAUAUCCAAGAACCCAAACCUGGGAAGAUCAACCUUGAAUUGCUCCGAUCCAAGAUUGAUUUGUUUGAUAUGAUAAUGGUGGUUUGUGAUGCAUACUUGUAUUCCAUCUGAGUUUGGAUUUGUGUUAGCCUUAUUUGCUAAUUAAGCAAACCGAUGGGACAAUUAAUCAUGUUAUUUUAAUUUGUCAUGUUGGGGGUUUAGGUUUAAUUUAUUUACUGCUUGAGAAUUAAAGUCGGUUGAUGCCACUUGAUAACAAUGUUGAAGAUUUUGAUAAUAUUAAGUGAUCAUUUUAUACAA